CAGUAGAGACGUGUUUCAGACAUGUUAAACACUGCUAUCGUGGGCUUUUCAGCGAACCGAUGAAGAAAAUGUUUCUCAAAUCAGUUUUGUUCUGUUUUUAUUUGUGGCGUCUGGUUGGUGUGUUUGGUGAUGAUGAAGUGAAGUCAGUGUCAGUGUUGGAGGGAGAUUCAGUCACUCUGAACACUAGUCUGACUGAAUUAACAGAUGAUGAUCUUAUUCAGUGGAGGUUUGGGAAUGAAAUCACUUUAAUAGCUGAAAUCACUAAACAGGCCAACAGAAUCGCUGUCUAUGAUGAUGUUCGGAGAUUCAGAGACCGACUGAAGCUGGACAAACAAACUGGAUCUCUGACCAUCACAAAAACCACAGCUAAGCAUGCUGGACGUUAUGAAGUAGAGAUUAAUAUUUACAGCAGGUCUUUUUUUUACCUCACUGUCUACGCUCGUCUGCCAGUUCCUGUCAUCAGUAGAGACUGUUCAUCUUCAUCAUUAUCAUCAUCAUCCUGUUCAUUAGUGUGUUCAGUGGUGAAUAUGAGUCAUGUGACUCUCUCCUGGUACAAAGAAAACAGUUUGUUUUCCAAAAUCAGUGUCUCUGAUCUCAGCAUCAGUCUCUCUCUACCUCUGGAGGUGGAAUAUCAGGAUAAAAACACCUACAGCUGUGUGAUCAACAAUCACAUCAGCAACCAGAUUCAACAUCUCAACAUCAGCAAACUCUGUCACACAUGUUCAGACUCUGUCCACUGUUGUGGUUCUACAGAAGCUGUGAUCCGAUUGGUCCUCUCUGCUCUGGUGGGCAUGGCUACUGUCAUUUUUCUGGUGUAUGACAUCAGAUUCAAAAUAGCUGAAUCAGAUCAUGCACGUAUUCCCUUGUCACAAACCUAA